AUGGACGUAGCUCUCGGCCCAGGUGCUGCUCCCGGUGCUGCAUCUGGGGGUGCUGCGUCUGGGGGUGCGGAGUCUGAGGGUGCUGGGUCUGGGGGUGCUGAGCCUGGGGGUGAGGAGCCUGGGGGUGCUGAGCCUGCGGGUGUGGAGACUGGGGGUGUUGAGCCUGGGGGUGCUGAGUCUGAGGGUGCGGAGUCUGGGGGUGCUGAGCCUUGGGGUGCUGCUUCGUCUGGAGGUCCUGCUGGUACUUCGCCGCGGCUGUCUCCGCAGCAGCUGCGUGUGUGGUUUGUUCGGCGCGCACGCCUUCGGAGUGGAGCUCCUGGAGCUGGAGACGCUGGUGCUGGGAGUGCUGGAGUUACUGCUGGAGCUGGUGGUCCUGGAGGUACUGCAGUUGCUGGUCCUGGAGGUGCUCGUACCAGGGGUACUGGAGUUGCCGGGACUGGUGGUGUUGGGGACGCUGGAGCUGGAGACCCUACGGAGCCUGGAGCUGCUAGAGUUGGAGGCACUGGCGCUGGUGGCGCUGGAGCUGGAGGCGCUGGAGCUGCAGGAGCUGGAGCUGUUGACCCUGGAGCUGGAGGUGCUGGAGGCACUGUGCAGCCGCGACCGUACUUCGUUCCCCUGCUUCAGCAGGUUCUUGGUGUCCCGUCCUCUACUGGCCUUACUCCUCCUCUCCUGUGCCCACCACCUGAUCAGUCGCAGCUGCCGUUGCAGCCGGCCUCUCCACUGCCUGCUCCCUCUCCUUACACUGAGCAGUCCGGCGGUCUUACAGAGCGUCUUGAGCCUACGUCUCGUCCUGUCUCUCCUGUUGGCACUGCUCGUCACGUUCCUCGUUCGCGUCCUCCUCCUGUCCCCGGCACGCACGCUAUGGCUUUCCGUCCUUCCUCUGUUCAACUGCGUGUUCCUCUGCCGCCUCCUCCUGAGGCCUCUCUUCCUGAGGUCCCUGACCCUGAGUCUUUCCGCGCUCGUGCUGCCAGUCCCACUGUUGCUCGUCUCCUCGACACUGCUGUCAUUGACCCUUCCUUUGAGUCUGCUGCUGCGUCUGCUCUAGAUGCUGAGCUGCUUGACUUUGCUGCUGCAUGUCGUCUAGACUACGCCACUGCUCUUGUUAUUGAGACUGCGUCUGCCAGUCCUCUGUCCGUUGGGGGUGAGUGUGCUCUUGGCACGGACAGGGAGGAGGAAUUUGAGUGUCUUGCAGCUGCUGUACCUCGUUUCGCUUCCAUGCUGCUUGCCCCUGAGGGAGACCCGGAUGCACCAGACAUCCCUACCCCGCGCUCUUACGCAGAGGCGAUUACGGGUCCUUACUCCUCUCAGUGGCAGGCAGCCAUGGAUGCCGAGAUGGCAUCCUGGAAGUCCACAGGCACCUACGUCGACGAGGUUCCCCCACCUGGGGCGAACAUAGUCGAUGGCAUGUGGAUUUUCAGGGUGAAGCGGCCGCCGGGUUCUCCGCUUGCCUUCAAGGUGCGUUACGUUGCUCGAGGCUUCAAUCAGCGACAGGGGGUUGACUACUUCCAGAUCUUCUCCCCCACCCCGAAGAUGACUACUCUUCGGGUGUUGCUGCACGUCGCUGCUCAGCAUGACUACGAGUUGCACUCCCUGGACUUCAGCACAGCUUUCCUGCAGGGCAGCCUGCACGAGGAGAUCUGGCUGCGCCGCCCACCUGGCUUCACUGAGUCGUUUCCUGCAGGUACUCAGUGGAGCCUCCGGCGGCCAGUCUAUGGUCUCCGCCAGGCGCCUCGCGAGUGGCACGACACACUGAGGACUACACUUGCGGCUCUUGGGUUUGCUCCUACUACUGCUGACCCGUCGCUGUUUCUACGCACCGACACAUCGCUGCCGCCAUUCUACGUCCUCGUGUACGUCGACGACCUCGUCUUUGCCACUGUUGACACUGAGGCACUGACCCUUGUGAAGUCGGAGCUGCAGAAGAGACACACUUGCACUGACCUGGGUGAACUGCGCAGCUAUCUUGGCUUGCAGAUCACCCAGGACAGAGCAUGGCACACCAUCACCCAGGCUCAGUCACACAUGGUGCACCAGGUCCUUCAGCGCUUCGGCUUCCAGUUCUCCUCGCCACAGCCCACUCCUCUGUCUACCACUCACUCGCUCUCAGCUCCACCUUCGGACGAGUCCGUAGAGCCGAGUGGUCCGUACCCAGAGCUUGUGGGUUGCCUCAUGUACCUGAUGACAUGCAUACGACCUGACCUCGCAUACCCUCUCAGCCUUCUGGCUCGCUACGUGGCUUCCGGUAGGCAUCAAAAGGUGCACUGGGAUGCUGCAAAGAGGGUACUGCGUUACUUGUGCAGUACGUCGGGCAUGGGGCUCGUGCUUGGAGGACGGGGUCCAGUUGUCCUCACCGGUCACGCAGACGCUUCCUGGGUUGACGACUCAGCUACGCAGCCGUUGUCACAGGGUUACACUUUCAGCCUUGGCUCUGGCUCUAUGUCCUGGCGGUCUACCCGCUCGUCUUCGGUUCUCAGCUCCAGUUGUGAGGCUGAGAUCUACGCCGGGGUCAUGGUUGCACAGGAGCUACGCUGGCUCACCUACCUGCUGACUGACUUGGGAGAGCAACCUCAUUCGCCUCCAGUUCUGUACGUAGACAACAAGGCCAUGAUCGCCUUGUGUCAAGAGCACAGGCUGGAGCACAGAACGAAGCACAUCGCUCUGCGAUACUUCCUUGCUCGUGAGUUGCAGCAGCGUGGUCAGCUUCGUGUUGCGUACAUGGCCAGUAGGGCCAACACUGCCGAUUAUUCACCAAGGCACUUCCGCCUGGUGAUCAUCAGCGCUUCUCUACUGUGUUAG